GAGUUGAACGUGUUUGUUUUCACAAGCCGCUACCACUAAUAAGGUAGGAUAAACUAGGAGAACCCACAACUACAGCCGAGUGGAUCUCUGUUCUACCGGUCAUAACGGGAUGGACAAGCACAUGGCCAAGGAAGUUUUCAAAUGUUUACAAGCCAACAUGGACAGCUUCACCGACUUCACUGUCAACGUUGGCGACUUCCAGUUCGACUGUCACAAGUUUAUCCUAAGUUCCUGCUCUGGUUUCUUCAACGCCCUCUUGCGGACAGAUAUGAAAGAAAAAUCCGAGUCAAGCUGUACCUUAGUUGGGAUCUCGCCUGAUAUAUUUGAUCUCAUACUUGAUGUUUUAUACAAAGGGAAGAAGGUCCUAAACGAAGAGAAUAUGCUUGCAAUGUGGCACGCGUCAAACCAACUUCAGAUCGAAUUUUUAAUCUCGGCCUGUGAAAAAUUCGUCAAGAACAAUACAACAUUGGAAAAUUUCUGCGACGUCUAUCAAGCAGCCAAAUUGUUGGAUUCAGCAGUCGUCAUAGCAAAAGUGAAAGAAUUAUUGACGGAGAACUUUUCGGAAAUUGCCGAAUCAAAUGAUCUCACGCAACUUACCUAUGACGAUUUUUCAGACUUGUUAGAAAAUAUUCUGUUUUUUAAUGCCGAUUUAGUUGUGGACUUGGUCCUAAAAUGGACCUGUUCAGAUGACUCCUUUCUAACACCCGUGCCCUAUAACAGUAACGGCAAGACAAGUACGUUCCUGACAGAGACGGAUUCUGCGAGAUGUAGGAAGAUUGUAACGUCAACAAACGACAAUAAAAACACAACACUCCGACGUUCAUACCUGGGUCAACUCCUAGCUAUAAUUCCUCUUAAAAAUACUAGCAACGCGUGUUUAACAAGUCUAAUGAACAACAGAUUUGUCAUGGAAAAUAUUGACGCCAUAACUAUUGUCAACAAACUCGCGGCUUCAAGAGUAGGUUCCCCUGAAAACGAAAAUAGCACACACCACUUGACUCCUAGCUCAACUAAGACUAAUGGCUUCGGGUUAGCGUGUCUUAAAUUAGACAGCGAUGUCUUGGCUGAUACACCUUACUUUCUUCUGGGGGUAUUAGUCGCCGUUGUGAUGUUCCUUAUGUACACACACGUCAUUUAACUGCUUUCCUUGACGGCCUUAAAAAGUCGUGGCUAAAUCUUAAAGCAUAAUCUUUAAAUUUGUUUUAGUUUUUCACUAAAGAUAUUAUGUUAUUUAAUGCUUCUUCGAGUCGGCGACACGUCGGUGUAAAUCAGUCGUUCUCAAAUUGAUGCACCCUGUCACCCAUUUUAAAACUAAGUACCUUAUCAAAUAACACCAUCACGUGAGACGUAUAAAUACAAAACAGGAGAUAACACAAGUCUGAUUUCAAAUCUUCAUACCAUAUUUAAUUUUCCGGAUAUGGAACACGAUGUUUGUAAUCAAAUUUGGUAAAAAUUAAAAGUUGACAACG